AAAACAAGUCUCAUAAUCUGCCAAAAGUAGCACUGGAAGGCAUUUCUCACGCGGGUCGGAUAGCGGGUCUUGUUUGGACCCGGCUGAAGGUUGAAGAUGGAGCGCGUGUACACGCGCUCCAGGCCUAUUUUUUAUUUUUAAAAGAACUAUUAAAUAUAUAUAGGGUACAUGUUGGUGGAUAAUUAACUUUCUUUUAGCUGUGCUCAUAAAUGAGGACAAACGCUUGAGCACUUGUUAAUAGUUUCUUAUCGCUUUUUUUCCCUCUGAAGAAAUCACUGAAAAAAAUUAAGAACAUAUAUAAUCUUAUAUAGUUAUGGCCAAACUACCCAUUCCUAACGAGGUCAGUAAGAUAUGGAGCGAAUGGCAACUCAGGUGCUGUAUCAUCUUUAGCCUCUUCCUUCAGGCUUUUCUAGUGUGCUUUGCACCCUUGAGACAGCGAUCAAGAAGCACAUUGCUUCUUUUCUUGGUCUGGUCGGCUUAUUUGCUGGCAGACUGGGUGGCCGCGGCCGCAAUCGGUCUCAUCAUCCAAAGCCAGACCGAUCUUUGCGAGUCCAACAAUGCAUCAGACGACCUUUUCGCUUUCUGGGCUUCGUUUCUUUUGCUUCAUCUCGGAGGUCCGAACAGUAUAACUUCGUUUGCUCUCGAGGACAAUGAGCUCUGGCUACGACAUCUUUUCGGACUCGUUUUGCAAGUCUGGGGAGCCGCUUACAGCUUAUAUAUCACGCUCCCUGAUAACAAGCUUUUGCUUCCCACGCUCAUUGUCUACGUCGUCGGAACCGUCAAGUAUGGGGAGAGAACUCGUGCCCUUUACCUUGGUAGCUCGGACAGGUUUGGUGUCAGUUCUUUGCCGGAGCCUGAACCUGGGCCUGACUAUGAAGAGGCAGCUGGGGCGGAAGCAGAAGCGGAGGCGGAAGUUGUGACAACUACAAACAACGAGCCGAUCCCAGUUGCUGAUGAUCAUCAAGGAAGCACUUUGUCAGGGGAUUCUGAUGGAACCAAAAUGCUUACAAUUGCAAAUAAGCUAUACGAAAGCUUUAUUAAGGGUUUCUUUGUUGGUUUGGUUCCUAGUCCAGAAUGUCAAGGGUCCAGCCGAAGUACUUUUCUGAGUUUGGAUGAUGACCAUAUUGGAGCUUUCAGAAUCAUGGAAUACGAAUUGAGCUUCUUGUACGAGAAUCUUCACACCAAGGUGGUUAUGGCAUGUGGACGACUCGGCUACAUCUUAGGCUUAAUCAGCUUCUGUUUCAUUGUCAGUUCUUGCAUGAUUUUUGCUUUCUCAGUUGAUAAACAUGAGUUUGACAAGUUUGACACCGGAGUUACUUAUGCCUUGCUUUUUGGUGCCAUUGUUCUUGAUUUCCUAUCAUUUGUUGAGCUCAUUUCUUCAGAUUGGAAUCUGGCCCUUGUGGCUCAAAGGAAGAUCAGCAACUUGAUCUGGAGAGUUUGUUACUCGAUUAAUAAUACGAGAAGAAGGUGGUCAUCAAGUGGUUGUUGGGUCUUACAAUAUGAUAUCAUUAGUUAUUGCCUUGAUGAACGUCCUAGGUGGGUCUAUAGGUUGGCUGAUUAUUUUCAUGCAAAGGAAAUUGCAGACAAGAUUAAAAUCGCCUUGUUUUCAUCCUCAGCGAAGGCAGAUGAAGAUGUUAAGGAGUUCAUUUUCAAAAGAAUGAAAAGGGAUUCAGAAAGAAGGCCUGUACCGGCCAGUUCAAAAGACAAGAGUGCGUUUUAUAAAGAUGGAGUGUACACUGAUCAGUUUUUGAAUAAUCCUCUGAAUAAUUUGGAUACAAAUCCUAGUAUUUUUAGUGCUCAAAUAAUGAUUAGAUUUGUAAACGAAAAACUAGCAAAAGACCUUCUUUCCCAGCACUUAGCUACUGAAAUCUAUUGUAACACUGUUGUUGAAAGAAGUAGGGACCAUGACCAAGGAACAAAUGAGAGAAAUGAUGAUGAUGCUGCCAUAAGAGGUAAAAAAACUUUGAAGUUUUUCUCGAAUUACGUGUUUUAUCUAAUGGUUAGACAACAAAGAAAGGUAUGCCAAUCUCUGGACUAUAUCUGGGAGGAAGUACUCCAAGAUACCUGUGAUGAGAUCAAGAGAUUUUGUGAAGAGAACAAGAUAACAAAUCAUCGUGAAGCGGUUGAGAAAAUGAAGGAAAAAUUUAGUAGUGGAUAUUCGUUGGAGGAACUCAAGGGGGCUCGUGCCAACGCAAGAUCAGAUAGCAACAAAUCAGGUGCUUCUAAAUCGGUGUUUCAAGAGGCAUGCAUCACUGCCAACAUUCUCAUCUUGUCUGACCACAAUUUGAACAGUCUGAUGAGUGAGCUAUGGAAUUUUCUUCUGCAGGCUUCCAUGAGUUGCAGACCAAUCGUUCUUGCGCAGCAACUUAGUAAAGAUGGAGAAUUUUUGACUUUCAUACCCCUACUAGCAGCUCAUUUGGGCUUGUCCCUUCAUGAUCUCUAGUUCUAUAAUAUAU